CCAUUAUCCCAUGAUCUAUACUAGUUUCCCUCACUAAUCGGAAAUGGCGUCGAAGUUUUACAUCACAUUCACACCAUGUUACACAAACAACCACCACCGAUUGCUACAAGCGCCGAACCGCUUCUUAUUUUCAAGCGACGCCAGAGGUAAACGACCGAGUCUGGGAGUUACUAGGGUUUCAGAUGGCGGAGAAUCGUAUCUGGGGAUGUGGAGAAAGGCGAUGGACAGGGAGAGGAAGGAAAUCGAGUUCAAGAAAAUUGUAGAGAACGUGGCCGGAGACGAGGAUAACGGCGGAGGAGACGAGGAUUUGGAGACGAAGAGCAGUGAGUUCUUGAAGAUACUUGAAGUUCCUACUGAGGAGAGGGAUAGAAUUCAAAGAACACAGGUGAUCGAUCGGGCCGCUGCUGCAAUUGCUGUUGCCAGUACACUUCUAAGGGAUGAGAAAAUGCCGAUUGAGAAUGAGUCCUACGAAUUAGGCCAUCUGGAUAAUGACGAUGGCAGAGAGGUUUCUAUAUUUGGGGAUUCAGAGCAAGGAUCAUCUAGCAUCGGAACACCAGGUCCAAAUUUCUGGUCAUGGAUACCACCUUCCAAUGAAAAAGACGGAUCUACCCCUGCAUCAAGUAGAAAAACCUCAGCAUCUCCCAUUCAACCAAACCCAGUAAUGGAAUUAGACCCUUCCUCAUCUCAUCUCACUCUCCCAUUCGAAAGCAAAACCAAGAAUCCUCCACUUCCACCAUUCCAGUCCCUUAAAGAGGUUGAAAAACAGGAUCUUUCAACUCCUCAACUGAUAGAAGCACAAGAAGUUGAUAAAUUGUUUUCAAGAAAUGCAGAAACUGCAGCUCAUGCUCUUGCUGAUGUGGACCCAGUGACAGAUGGCACUAAUGUUGAAGGGUCAAUGUGGUGGAAAGAAACAGGGACAGAAGUGAGAGCAGAUGGAAAGGUGUGUAGGUGGACUUUGACUAGAGGUGUUAGUGCUGAUAAAUCUGUUGAAUGGGAAGAGAAAUAUUGGGAAGCUUCUGAUGAGUUUGGGUAUAAGGAACUUGGAUCUGAGAAAUCGGGUCGUGAUGCUUUUGGGAAUGUUUGGCGAGAAUUUUGGAAAGAAUCGUUGGCAGAGAUUGAAGGGCUACUAUAG